AUGGACAGCUCCACAGUUUCGAACACUGAGAGCCCAUCUUCACAGAGGUCAAGACGUGAUCCAGUUGGACGCAGUAGAUCUGCAUCCCCUCUACACAUAUCAACGAGUGGUUCUUCACCCCAAGACAUGAGGGUUGAGCGCAGAGCAUCGCCCAACACCUAUCACAACAGGCUGAGUACAGAGGUUCUAGAAGAGCCUCGUCGAUUUGCCUGUGACUCAAAUCCAAUGGCGGCACUUGUUGACAAAGAAGAGUCAAGGCUGGGGAAAGGCAAAUAUCAAAGGGGCGAUGUUGGUGCGUGGUUGUGUCCAGAGGAGUGCUCUGCUGAGCAAGCAGAAGCAAAUCCAAGCUAUAUUCCGUACUCUGGCCGUGGCGAUCGGACGGAGCACCACCCAAGUGGUGUUGUUUGGGAAAACAUGCCACAUCAAAAGACUCAGGAUCUUUUGGUUGAUAUCUAUUUUCGACGGAUCCAUCCAAUAUUGCCCAUCCUUGACGAGGAAUCGACUAGGAACCAAUACCAAGGAGGAAAGCUACCUAUGCCUCUUAUCCAAGCAAUAUGUCUCGUUGCUGCGAAAGAUUCAACUGCCGCUGGCUCUCUGUACCUUGAUAAUCAUGCAGUGCCACUCCCUUUGAGGGAAUUCAGCAGGAUUCUCUAUGAUGAUAUCUUGCAAAAGAUCCCACGGCGCUCCGAGAGAAAGGUCCUCACAAUCCAGGUCCUCGCUUUGUUAUCACUUCACGAAUGGGGGGCCACUGGAUCUGAAGACUGUUCCUUGAACCUAGCACAGGCCAUCCAUCAUACGCAAACCCUGGGGUUACAUUUGAUGAGACCUGAUCAGAAUACCCUCCAGUCUCCCAAGGCACUAUUUUGGUGUUUAUGGAGCCUGGACCGAUGGAACGCUGCCAUGAAUGGGAGGCCGUUGAUGAUACACGAUGCAGAUCGAAGCCAAGGGGUCAAUGAUGUUGCUCCAUUAUUCCAGCCAGCAUUUCGGAUCUGGUUGCGAAUUGCCGACAAGUUGGGCGAGGUUAUCAACUGUUACCGACCGAUCCAAAAAGGCGCAGAGCAGGGGGAACUCGACAUCCCCUCGUUUGAGGAGAUUGUUGAGCAGUGUGAGGGUUGGGAUGUAGCCCCAGAUAUCCUAGAAUGGCUUGAUCUCAUUUAUCAUUCCGUUAUCAUUCUGUCGACCCAUUCGAAUGGUCUACAGGGGCGUCUGCGGCCCCGGAUAUCCAACAUCCGACAAGACCAUUCAAUAUUGUCACUUGCAAGUCUCUUCUGCAAUAGAGACAUCAGGAAGUUCCUGCCACUUCCAAUGAUAAGUUACACCAUAUCGCUUUCCUUCUCGGUCGCAUACAAGCAGACACGAGGAAGCAAAUUACCGUCAGCUCGCCACACGGCACUCCCCAGACUCCGUUUCUUUCACCAGUGUCUCCAGAAAUUAAGUACCACGUGGUGGCAGGCUGCGGUAAUGGCUAGAUUAGGCCAUCGAGUGUUGAGCAACAUCCAACCCACCAUAGAUCAGGAACGUUCCACAAACCAUGAAACCGAUAUCACCCGAUUGAACUCUCGACCCGAGUUGCACCAUCUACCGAACCAUCCACCCGAUACAAGUGCCAACCUACAGUCGUACUCGAACGUUGAGUUUGAGGAAGCAUCGGGGCGAACAGAGCCCAAGUCGGACCGUGUACACCAUCUCAACAGUACCUAUUGUGGACCAAAUCAGCUUUCACAUUGGAAUGAAGUGGAUAGCGACUCUCUAUCAUCAGCGGACUUGGAGGAAUUUGAUCUAUUCUUCGGCAAUUUCCCUGAUCUCAAUUUUUCAAGCUAUUCGAAUGAUCAGUUGUUGUCGGACCUUGACGUCACCGGCUUCGAGUUUGUCAAUGACAGACUCUGA